AUGAGAGCGCUACCAGCUGCGCGGAGGGAGGAUCAGCUGGGGCACUCUCCUUUACCGCCUGGAGGUCACCGACGAGGAAGCGCUAGCGGCGCGCACCACGGCAAACGGAAGCUGACGGAGCCCCGGGCCCGCCAAAGGUGUCGGCGGCGGCUGCAGCAGCGGGUUAGGGAAGCCGGCGAAGGAGAGCUCGUCCGUGGCGUGCACUGCGGGAGCCUGCUGGCGAUGGCGGGGGCGGCGGCUGCCGCUGCGGAAGAGACGCGCCCCGCACACAGGGAGAAGAAGGAGGCCCAGGCGCCGGUGCUAGUGGGCGUCCGGAGGUGUCUGCGGCGGCGGAGGUGGCUGCAGCGGCGGAGGUACAGCUGUACAGGGGCCUCCAUAGCAGAAAAGCACAUCUCCUUCCCCUGUUGCUGGAGGGAAACCUUGGCAUCUAAACUUGGUCUCCCAAAGAGAGGAUGUUGUCUGGUCUUUGGGUUCAUGUUCAAGGAUAAGUACCGGCGAAUGACUGAAGGCCCAGCAUCUUCUUUCACCCAGCAACCUCAGGACCAGGUAGUGAUUGCCGGGCAGCCUGUGACCCUGCUGUGUGCUAUCCCAGAGUACAAUGGCAUUGUGCUGUGGAUUAAAGAUGGACUUGCUCUCGGUGUAGGCCGGGAUCUCUCAAGUUACCCGCGCUACUUGGUUGUGGGGGACCAUCUGUCAGGGGAGCAUCACCUGAAGAUCCUGAGAGCAGAUCUCCAAGAUGAUGCACUGUAUGAGUGCCAGGCCAUUCAAGCAGCCAUCCGUUCCAGACCAGCCCGGCUGACCGUUCUCGUGCCUCCGGAUGAUCCCAUAAUUAUCGGAGGGCCCGUCAUUAGUCUGCGAGCUGGAGAUCCUCUGAAUCUGACCUGCCACGCAGACAAUGCUAAACCAGCAGCAUCCAUUAUUUGGAUGAGGAGAGGAGAAGUAAUAAAUGGAGCAACCUAUUCCAAGACAGUGCUUCGUGACGGCAAGAGAGAGAGCAUUAUGAGCACACUCUUUGUCUCCCCAUCCGACAUUGAGAAUGGCCAGACCAUCAUCUGCCGAGCCACUAACAAGGCCAUUCCCAAUGGAAAGGAGACCUCUGUCACCAUUGACAUUCAACAUCCACCUCUCGUCAAUCUGUCAGUUGAACCUCAGCCUGUCCUUGAAGACAACACCGUAAAGUUUCACUGCUCUGCUAAGGCCAACCCUGCAGUUAUCCAGUACAGGUGGGCCAAAAAGGGACACAUUAUAAAGGAAGCAUCGGGGGACUCUUAUGAGACCAUUGUUGACCAUACCUAUUUUUUUGAACCAAUCUCUUGCGAGGUGACCAACGCUUUAGGCAGCACGAACAUCAGCAGGACAGUCGAUGUCUAUUUUGGGCCACGCAUGAUGACGGAACCACAGUCCCUCCUUGUUGACCUUGGAUCGGAUGCUGUAUUUAACUGUGCUUGGAUCGGAAACCCAUCUCUGACCAUCGUCUGGAUGAAGCGGGGCUCAGGCGUGGUCCUAAGCAAUGAUAACACACUAACGCUAAAGAACGUGCGCCAAGAGGAUGCUGGGAAAUACGUGUGCCGAGCCGUAGUUCCACGUGUGGGUGCAGGAGAACGGGAAGUAUCUCUGACUGUCAAUGGACCACCUAUAAUCUCCAGCACCCAGACGCAGCACGCUCUUCAUGGGGAGAAAGGCCAGAUCAAAUGCUUCAUCCGCAGCACACCCCCACCAGACCGAAUUGCCUGGUCCUGGAAGGAGAACGUCCUGGAGUCAGGUACCUCAGGGCGUUACACAGUAGAGACCGUCAGCACAGAUGAAGGCGUAAUCUCCACAUUAACCAUCAGCAACAUCGUGCGGGCUGACUUCCAGACUAUUUACAACUGCACUGCCUGGAACAGUUUUGGUUCAGACACCGAGAUCAUACGCCUGAAAGAACAAGAGUCAGUGCCAAUGGCAGUCAUCAUAGGCGUGGCAGUUGGAGCUGGUGUGGCGUUUUUGGUGUUGAUGGCCACCAUUGUGGCCUUCUGCUGUGCUCGCUCGCAGAGAAAUCUGAAAGGUGUGGUUUCUGCCAAGAACGAUAUCCGCGUUGAGAUUGUUCACAAGGAGUCCGCCUCAGGCAGAGAAACAGAGGAGCACCCGACGAUCAAGCAGCUGAUGGAUCCCACUAAUGGUUAUUACAGUGUGAACACCUUCAAGGACCACCACUCCACUCCCACCAUCUCCCUCUCAGGCUGCCAGCCGGACCUGAGACCAGCCAACAAGCAGCGCGUGCCCACGGGCAUGUCCUUCACCAACAUCUACACGACCCUGAGCGGGCAGAACCGCCUCUACGACUACAGCCAGCGCUUCGUCCUGGGCAUGGGAAGCAGUUCCAUCGAGCUGUGCGAGCGGGAAUUCCAGCGGGGCUCCAUGAGCGACAGCAGCUCCUUCCUGGACACGCAGUGCGACAGCAGCGUCAGCAGCAGCGGAAAGCAGGACGGCUACGUACAGUUCGACAAGGCCAGCAAGGCCUCGGCCUCCUCUUCCCACCACUCCCAGUCCUCCUCUCAAAACUCAGACCCCUCCCGGCCCCUGCAGAGGAGAAUGCAGACCCAUGUGUGAGAAGGAUGGGACUGGGACAUGGAAGCGGUGGUGGGGAGGAGGAGGAGGAAGAGGAAGAGGAGCAGCAGGCUGGGACGCUGGAAGAAGGCAAGGCCCCCUCCCAGCCUGAAACCCAGCCCUGCCACCAGCCGGGGUGGAGGGGCCUCCUGAGGUCGGCAGGUUCUGGGUGGGUGGAGGUUGU